AUGGACAACGUGGAGCUGGAGGGGAGGCCGAGGCAUCCGCUGAUGCUAAAGGAGUGGCUGGAGCUGGAGUACAGCGCGGAGCUCUCCCGCGACGGCUUCGGCUGCUACCCGCGGCACCUCGCCACCGAGCCCCGGACCCGGAGCGCCGGCUGCAGGCGGAGGAGAAACGGCGACGUCAUCGCCAGGGUCUCGGCUGCGGUGAGGGCCGCGCUGUCCCGCCCGCCGUCGGCACCGGCACGACAGGGGGAGGCGGCCGCGGCCGCGGCCGCGCUCCGCAGGAGCCUCUCGACGAGGCUGCGAGUGGUGGGGUUCUGGAAGAAGCCGAAGGGGGAGGUGGAGGAGAUGGACAGGCCGGUGGCCAGCAGCUGCUCUGCCACUGCCGCGAGUUCUGGAAGGAGGGAUGGAGCGUCGUCGCCGGCGGCAACGUCUCCGCGGCGCAUGGGUCGGGAGAGUCGCCAGGCCUGUGGCGAUCGCGCAGGUCUCAGCGUCGGCCGUCGGAGCCAUGAAACAGUGGUUGAGGGAUGCGAGUGCGAGGCAACGUGCCACCUGGACGAGGAGGGGGAGCAGGAGCAGCGGCUGAGCCCAGUUUCGGUGAUGGAUUUCCAAAGCCAGGAGGACGGAGACGACGACUGCAACGACGACGGCGGCGGCUGCGAUGGCCACAGCGACGACGAGGGCACGUCGCCGACGUUUGAGCGAAGCCUGGCCAACAUCCGAAGGGCAAGCCAGCAGCUGCUGGACAGAAUCCGGCGAUUCGAGCAGCUGGCGGAGCUGGACACAUCCGACGUGGACGACGCCACCACGACCGCGGAUGACACGAGCUGCCACGUCGGGGAACUGGACUCAGCGGAAGCCGAUGAAGACGCUGGAUAUGGGCCCGUACAGCGGCACCUGCCAGGACUCGCGGAAGCGAGCUCGCCGUGUGCUGCCCACUGCUUCAAGAAGCUUCUAGAAGAUUUCUUUCGUGAAGGUCUGUCCUCGUGCCACGCUGGAGGACGAGGACCGGACGGUUCGGAUCUCGAGACGUCAUUGCUGGAGACUGCCAAGGCGUGGCUGGAUGGGCGACAUUGCGCGCUGAGGUCAGAUCAGAAGGCGGAGGAGAUCGAGCGGCUUGGACGGUGGAGAUGUUUCAGAGAAGAUGAACGUGAACUGUUGAGCUCUGACGUGGAGGGUGGUAUAUUCUGCUACUUGAUGGAAGAAUUAGUUGAGGAAAUGUGCUGA